CACCCCUCCUCCUCAAACUCUCACCGCCACAUCAUUGCCAUCUCUGUCUCCGUUUCCCUCCUCAUCGCAUCCCUCUUCAUCGCCUUCUCCACCUUCAUCUACUACCGCAAGCACGCCCCUUUCUCCACCUCCUCCACCGCCGACGACAAGACCUCUCGCGCCGAUAGCCUCCGCUUGUACUCCGAUGGGACCCUCAAGCCUCCUCCUCGUAUCGGCCCGUCUAACCCCAGCUCCGAGUUUCUCUACCUUGGUACAUUAGCUAAUUCCCAUGGCAUCGACGACGGGGAAGCUGAGAAUUCGAGCAAUGCCGGAGUCUCGGCCCCCAUCCAGUAUCAGAAACUGGGUUCGCCGGAGCUCAAGCCGCUUCCGCCGCUUCCGAAGAGCAGCUUCAAGCAGAGUUAUGGAAGUUCUGGAGUGGGUUCUUCUGGGAAUGAGGAGGACGAUGAAGGAGACGAAGAGUUUUUUUCUCCGAGAGGGUCUUCUGGCCGAAAAGAAAGUCCAGUUCGUACCGGAUCCAGCUCCCGAAGAGUGUUCAAUGAUGAAAAUUUCGGAAGUAGAAGCUUCAAUUCCAGAACUGCGUCGUACCCAUGUUCGGAUUCGGCCUCCCCAACGAGUUCUGUCUCGAAUUCUGCAUCCCCAGCUCUGAAUUUUAGUCCCACAAGCAUGAAAUCCAAGUCCCCGGACUCCGUGAUAAAUUUCCCUGCUCCGAUUCCGAUUCCGGUUCCGGUUCCGGCUAGGCUGAUACCAACAACGCUCCCAUCGCUUUCUUCUUCGUCGUCUUCGUCUUCUUCAUCAUCAUCAGAGAGAGGUUCAGGGAAUACCCAGAAUUCCCCAGCGAGAAAUUCGGACGUUUCGGGGCAGAGUAAGCGAUCCCCAACGAGAAUCGAGUGUGUUCCAAUAAAACUACCUCCGCCACCACCUCCACCACCUCCGCCAGCAAGAUUUUGGGAAGUUCCGGCUGCCGUCGGCCCAAACCGAGAGCCUAAUCCGGGGCCGCCACUUCUUGUACCGCCUUCUAGGCCUGUUAUGUUGCAAAAUGUUGCACCCAUUUCGGCUGCUGAGCAAUUGCAGAGCAACGGAACUGUGGAGAGGAAUGAGGAUACUCCGAGACCAAAGUUGAAACCUUUACAUUGGGAUAAGGUUAGAGCGAGCUCGGAUCGAGCUAUGGUGUGGGAUCAGAUGAAAUCGAGCUCUUUCCAACUGAAUGAGGAAAUGAUUGAGACGCUGUUUAUGGUUAACAAUAAUAAUAAUUUGAAUUCGACUACGAAAGAUAAUGGUCGGCGUCAGGUUCUCCCUUUGCUGAACCAGGAGAGUCGGGUGCUUGAUCCGAAGAAGUCUCAGAACAUUGCAAUUUUGUUGAGGGCACUAAAUGUGACCAUUGAGGAAGUCUGUGAAGCUCUUUCGGAAGGUAACUCUGACACAUUAGGGACAGAACUUCUUGAAAGUUUAUUGAAGAUGGCUCCUACCAAAGAAGAGGAACGUAAACUAGCAGAGUUCAAAGAUGAAUCACCAUUUAAGCUAGGACCAGCUGAGAAAUUUCUCAAGGCCAUGCUUGAUAUACCAUUUGCAUUUAAAAGGGUGGAUGCGAUGCUUUACAUUGCCAAUUUUGAUUCGGAAGUUGAAUACCUUCAAAGGUCUUUUGAAACUCUGGAGGCAGCUUGUGAAGAAUUGAGGAACAGCAAAAUGUUUCUGAAGCUUCUUGAAGCAGUCCUCAAAACUGGGAACCGCAUGAAUGUUGGCACCAACCGGGGUGAUGCCCAUGCGUUCAAGCUGGACACACUCCUCAAGCUUGCUGAUAUUAAGGGCAUCGAUGGGAAAACCACUCUCUUGCAUUUUGUUGUUCAGGAAAUUAUUAGAGCUGAAGGUUCUCGUCUUUCUGGUACCAAUCAGAGUCAAAUGGCGGAGAAUCAGCAGUCUGCUUUCCGGGAUGAAGUUGAAUAUAGAAAGCUUGGGUUGCAAGUUGUUUCGGGUUUGAGUGGGGAGCUCACCAGUGUAAAGAAAGCUGCAGCAAUGGAUUCAGAUGUGCUCAGCAGUGAAGUUGCAAAGCUUGCUGAAGGAAUCGCCAAAAUAUCUGAAGUUGUAAAAUUAAAUGAAGAAAUCGCAUUGAAGCAGACUAGCCGAAGGUUUUCAGAGUCAAUGAAUGGGUUCUUGAAGAAGGCUGGGGAAGAGCUUGUAAGGAUCCAAGCCCAAGAGAGAGUUGCUCUCUCUCUGGUGAAGGAAAUAACCGAAUACUUCCAUGGGAACUCAGCUAAAGAGGAAGCUCAUCCAUUCCGGAUUUUCAUGGUGGUGAGGGAUUUUCUUUCUAUUCUCGACCGUGCUUGCAAGGAAGUAGGGAAAGCUAAUGAGAGAACCAUUGUCGGUUCUGCCCGUCAAUUUCCUAUGCCUGUGAAUCCAACCCUUGUGCAUGUAUUUCCUGGAUUGAAUGGAAGGCAGCAUUAUGGUUCCUCAGAUGAUGAAAGCUCAUCCCCAUCAUAGCACUUGCAUUUCAUAGUCCUGUCGAUUUGCUAUGCCCGUGAAUCCAACCUUUCCGCCGGUAUAUUCCUGGAUUUAAUGGGAUGGUGGAAGUUCAUCCUCAUCAUAGCACAUGAUUUGGUGUAUAGUCUCUUUCUGUGCGUUUAUGGUGAAUCUCACUGAAUGCAAGUUAAAUAUUGGUGGCGCUUUUGGGUUGAGCUUGCUGAAUGUGAAGUAAUAUCAUUUGCUUUUGUGUGGCGCCGUUCUUGUACUUAUAUAUCUAUAUGCUCACAGAAUUUUGGAAUAUUGUUUAUCGUAUGUGUAAUAUAGAGGGAAUUCUCUGAAGAUAAUAAUGCUGUAUUGCUAGAAUAGUUGGAUUUAUCGUGUAAAUCUGUUAGAUAAUUAGGUUCAUGAUGAC